UAACACAGUUUAGUUUUCUUCAUUUUAUGGAUGGGAAAACCAAGGCCACAUUUUCGUCAUUAAGUGGAUAUCAGGUGAAUGAAGUGGCAAGGCUAGACAUGUCCUCCACAUUUGUUUGAUUGGGUAGGGGGCUAUGGAAUUUGUUAAUCUGCCUUUAUGUCUGCUCAACAACAUGAACAGAAUACAAAAUAUUUCUUAUUGUUUAGGAGUCCUUAGCUUGAUCUUUGAAAGUCUCUUGAUCUAAGAUGGAUUUAGCUAUUAAAUAUAUAUAUAUAAUCCAGAUUUUUAUCUUCUGAUACUUUUCUCUAAUUUAGAAAGCAAAUAAGCGAGUCCUGUAGUCUGGGGAAGUUUUAAAAAGUGCUUAAAAAACAAAAUGAUGGUAGCCUGUGAAACGCAGUCCCAGGCCGACUGGAACAGCUCUUGAAAGCACACAUCAGAGCAGUUUGAGCCAAAGGUUGUAAAGAAGAAAGCCCUGUCCUUUCUGUUAAAAUGAAGUGUUUUAAUUGCAAACCUGAUCUUUCUGAGCUUAAAGUGAUGAAGUCUGAGGAUAGUGGGGAGGAAGGUUCCUACAGUUCUGUGUGUUUGGAACCUUCCUAUGAGGAUUGUGUUAGAAACCAUGAAAGGUUGUCUUUUGUUGAGUCCCCAAUUGUGGGGCAUGAUAACAAGGAAAAUCGGCGUGUGCAGAACAUACUAGAUAGUACAAACGAAACAGAAGAGCUAGAGGCCAGUAGACUGUAUGAGGACAGUGGCUACUCAUCAUCAUUCAUACAAAGUGACCCUGAGGAUAGCAUCCUUUUCCUGGAGAACUUCAGAAACAGUUCUCAGGCUGGGGCGCAGAGCCCACACCAGCAUCCCAACAAAAAUCUGCUGCCUGUCCUGCAUUUUGAAAGAGUGGUUUGCUCAACAUUAAAAAAGAAUGGCAAGAGAAACUCUAAAGUGGAUCGAGAAAUGCUGAAGGAAGUUAUCACCAGCGGAAACUUUAGACUGCAAAAUAUAAUUGGCAAGAAAAUGGGCCUGGAACACCUAGAUAUCCUGGCUGAGCUCUCCCGGAGGGGAUUUAUACACCUGUUAGCUAAUAUUUUGGCAAAACUCAACGGCAUGGACUUAAUAAAUUUGUCUAAAGUGAGCAGAAUUUGGAAGAAGAUACUAGAAAAUGAUAAAGGAGCGUUCCAGCUGUACAGCAAAGCUAUGCAGAGAGUCAUUGAAAGCAGUAAGUUGUCACUACAUGCUUUAACCAGAGGAUAUGUCGUGGGCAGAACUGCGCUAACUUCUGUUCAAAAGUCAUCGACCUGGGCACCUCCCAAAAAAGAUGUUCAAGUCAAGUCCUCCAGUGGUCAAAAAGGUUCUACCUACAGCAGGCACAACGAAUUCCUGGAGGUGGCAAAGACAUUGAAAAACAACGAAAGCCUCAAAGCUUGUGUUCGUUGUAAUUUCCCUGCAAAAUAUGACCACUAUUUAGAGCGAGCAGUCUGCAAACGGGAAAGCUGUAAAUUCGAAUACUGUACAAAGUGUCUGUGUGCUUACCAUAACAACAAAGACUGUUUGAAUGGCAAGAUCCUGAAAGCCACCUGUAAAGUAGAUCCGUUGCCUGGAACUAAAAAGAGUAAAAAGAACUUACAAAGAUUGUGACCUUUUAGGUCAGCUGUAGAUCUUAAGGGCUACUUUUUAUCUAUUUGUAGUUAGAUGCUAAGAUAAAAUUGAUUGCAUUUUUUGGCAAGG